GCUGUCUGCCACUGUAACUCUGCAGCUCAUCUCAUCACGUAGGAGUGAAGCCUCUGGAAAGUCCAACUCUGCUACAAGUUGUGUUUGGACACAAAAACACAAUGAGACCCCCAGGCACUUGAUGACUGAAGCCUUUAAUGACACUCGGCACAUUCUGGCCUGCUCAUUGUGGUUGGGCUCUCCAGAUGAACUUCUCAUGUCCAACUUCCCUGAUUAAAAGGAUCUGAAGACCAUCUGUGGUGAAGAGGAACAGCCAAGAAGAAAAGCGAGAUCUGGUCCUGAAGGUUCAGUUUUUACCCUGCAGUCUUGUGACAGUCUGAGCGGUGAGGAGUUUGUACACACGAUGGCCGAAGCCCAGCUGUUUGGAUUACAGGAUGAGAUCACCUGCUCUGUGUGUCUGGACACCCUGAGUGACCCCGUCUCGAUCCUCUGUGGCCACAGUUUCUGUCUGAAGUGCCUCACUGACUACUGGGAUCAAAGCAAAGAGUGCAGUUGUCCUCAGUGUAGAAGGACCUUCACUACGAGGCCUGAACUUCACAGAAACACCGUGCUGAAUGUACUCAUCAAGAAAAUAAAGAAGCCGAGACUCAGUCCUCGUCCAUCUCAGAAUUAUGCCGGCCCUGGAGAUGUGGAGUGUGACACCUGUAAUGGAAAGAAGUUCAGAGCAGUGAAGUCCUGUCUGACCUGCAUGAUCUCCUUCUGUCAGACUCACCUGCAGCCCCACUUUGAAAUAGCGGCCUGGAAGGACCACAAGCUGACUGAUCCAGUUAGAAAUCUUAAGGAGGAGAUCUGUGCAGAACAUCACAUGAGUCUGGAGAUAUUCUGUAAAACUGAUGAAACCUGCAUCUGUGUGAUGUGUGUGGUGAAUGGGCACAGUGGGCAUAAAAUGGUGGAGCUGGAGACUGAAAGAGAGGAAAAACAGAAACAACUGGAGGCGACACUGAGUGAAAUCAGGAGGAGAAUUGAGGAGAGAGAGAAGACACUGAAGGAGAUGAGGAGGGCGAUGGAGCAGAUGAAGACAUCGUGAGGCUUCUGAGCUCUUUUGAGACCCUCUCCAACGGAGCUGCACACCGAAACGUGACUGACAUGUCUAUCAAGGGCUGCUUGUCUGGCACCGAAGCAACCACAGGUUCACAACGCCACCCAAGCAAUUACAAGUUCACAGCCUCCCCACUUAAUGAAUCUGUCGCCUGAUGGGUGAUGCAGGGAACAUUAUAACUUGGCCCAUCCCUGCUUGUUUGCUGUAUCCCUGUGUACGGAAGUGGUAGCUCCUGUUUGAAUAAAUGACCUUGCUGUUCUUGUUUGUAUUGGAAUAAAGCUGGUUUUCUUGAAGCCCUUAGACUAGGUCUCUUCUUUACGGUGCAAGACAGUGGCU